AUGGAACUGAUGGAUCGAAAGCCAUUAUUUCCUGGAAGAGAUCACGUGCAUCAUGUGGGUCUACUUAUGGAGUUGAUUGGCGCUGAUUUGGGAUUUCUGAAUGAAAAUGCUAAGAGGUACAUCAGGAAACUACCUCUUUAUCGCAACCUCCUUCCCUUAGGCCGUCCACUCCACUAUGAUGAAGAAACCACGAUGUUUCACCACCGAAGCCUCCCAUCGCCGUUGUUUUUGCACGAACUACUGAGCAGAUCCUCGCCCGCGAUGUCACCAAAAACCCCAUCACAAACCACUGCGAAUUUGACUCAUCGCCGGAGUUGGGUUUGUCUCAUCCUUUCCUUUUUUUUCUUUUUUUUAAUUAUUAUUGUUUAUAGUUUGUUUGAUUUUUCGGGAGAUGUGAGAAGUUGA